GAAGCAGAAAUAAUGGCAGCUACAAUUGUGAGCCCUGUCAAGGUGGUCUUCGUACUGUCCUUCUGCUUUGCCGUGAUAGGCAGAACAACGGGCGCCACCGGACCUCAGCACACCUGCGCAUAUCCUCAAGCUUGCACCAAUCCGGGUGCAAAUGACCCCAGCCACGUCGUGACAGCGACUGCACAGUACAACCCGACCACCAAGCAAUGCGAGACCAUCCCGUCGGAGACCGGACCUCACAACUGCCAGAAGUUCGCAACCCUAGCAGACUGCGAGAAGAACUGCGCAAGCGCAAACUGCGUAUACUGCUAG